UAAAUACACGUCUUGUCUCUCUCUUCUUAACGGCAGCAGCCACAUGAGCGGCUCGCAUUUCAAGGAUCUCUCCACUUCCCUAACUAACUUCACUCCCUCCAAAAAACUAUUUUCCUCUCCCAUUUUUCCCCCCACUUUCUCUCUAUCCACACAUGGCCUCUUCAACACUACCUUUCAUCCCCUUCCCAAUUCUCUCGAAUCCAUAUCAUCAACCUAACCCUAGUCAAACCACAAUUCAGUUCUCUCCUUAUUCUAAUCAUAAUAAUAAAUUCACGAUUCUGAAAAUGAACAAUAAACGGCUUAACAAUAAUAAUUGUAGUACUAACCUUUCAGUUUCUUGUUAUCCUACGGUAGCUGUGAGUAGGUUGGAACGGCUGGUUUCUGAAUUCGAAUCAUUGACCGAGCCGAUUGACCGUGUGAAACGGCUAUUAGAUUAUGCGGCCCGGCUUCCGCCAUUUGACGAGUCGGCUCGGUCGCCCGGAAAUCGAGUCACGGGGUGUACGACUCAGGUAUGGUUAGAAGUGAGAAUAGAUGAGAAAGGGAGAGUGAGAUUUAGAGGAGAUAGUGAUUCAGAGAUAACAAAAGGAUUUAUAUCGUGUUUGAUUUCGUUACUUGAUGGAUUAGAACCUGACGAGGUUGUGUCGGUUAAAGCGGAGGAUUUAGCUGCGAUGAACGUUGGUAUCUAUGGUAAAGCUCAAUCCAGAAUUAAUACUUGGAAUAAUGUGUUGAUUAAUAUGCAUAAUCGGACUCUGGCUUUGGUCGCUGAACAGAAGAGGAAUCCACCGCUGGCGUUUACUAAUGCUAAUGCAAGUUUUCCUCAAUCUCAGUUAUUAAUGACGGAAAAGAUGGACUUGGAGGUUGAGUGGCUUAAUUAUGUGAUUUGUUGCUGAUAUCCACAUCUAAUGUGCUGAGAAGUAUAGGAAAUAGAAAAGGACAUGAAUUUAUAGGCGUCAGUCACCCAAGCUUGCAGGUGGACAAUUCACCUCUUAUACUCGCAAGAUGACCAGUUGCAAGAAUUGGAUGUCUACAAGCCAAUAAGUUGCUUUCAGUUAACAAAAAGAUUACCGCCUAAACUCGGCCUUCAGGUCCUUCAUUCAUACUAAAGGGAGAACCCAACUUGAGGUCCUGAGUUGGGAACAUUAUUGGCGCUGUUUUCUUUUGAUUUUCUUGGGACCUUGAUUACCAACAAAACUUGAUGCUUGCUUAGAAAAGAUAAAUUAGUGCAUACAACUUGUAAACUGUUGGCAAUUCAUUUUGUACAUGUUUAUUUCCAUCUGUUUUCUUGCUUGUAUUCUUUACAGAAUGUAAAGUAGCUGUAUUUCUAUUCUUCUUGUACAUUUCUUGCAUUGAAAAAUAAAAGAUAAAACUAUCAUUAGCCUAA